AUGAAGGGCUGCGGUGCGGGCGCGGGGUGCACUGGGCAUAAUGUUCCGCGCUCUCCCGCACCGACCAUUCUGCACCUAGCAGUCGACUCUAACGGUUGUACUAGUAAAAGAAAAGCAGCAGCUAUGGUGGACGCCGCAACCAUUGAGAAAUUGGAAGCUGGAUUCAGCAAGCUCCAGGCUUCCGACUCUAAGUCGCUGCUCAAGAAGUACCUAACCAAGGAAGUUUUCGAUGCUCUAAAGAACAAGAAGACUUCCUUCGGCUCCACCCUCUUGGAUUGCAUCCAGUCUGGUGUUGAGAACUUGGAUUCUGGUGUUGGAAUCUAUGCCCCUGAUGCUGAAGCUUACUCAGUAUUUGCUGAUCUUUUUGACCCCAUCAUUGAGGACUACCACAAUGGCUUCAAGAAAACUGACAAGCACCCACCCAAGAACUGGGGUGAUGUUGAGACUCUUGGCAACCUGGACCCUGGCAGUGAAUUCAUUGUAUCUACCCGUGUCCGCUGUGGCCGUUCCUUGGAGGGCUACCCCUUCAACCCCUGCCUAACUGAGGCCCAAUACAAAGAAAUGGAAGACAAAGUCUCCUCAACCCUCUCUGGCCUCGAAGGCGAACUUAAGGGUACCUUCUACCCCCUGACUGGCAUGUCCAAGGAGACCCAGCAGCAGCUCAUUGAUGACCAUUUCCUGUUCAAGGAAGGUGACCGUUUCCUCCAGGCUGCCAACGCUUGCCGUUUCUGGCCCACUGGCCGUGGUAUCUACCACAAUGAGAACAAGACUUUCUUGGUCUGGUGCAAUGAGGAGGACCACCUCCGCAUCAUCUCCAUGCAAAUGGGUGGUGACCUGAAGCAGGUAUACAAGAGGCUAGUGACCGCCGUCAACGACAUCGAGAAGAGGAUCCCCUUCUCCCACCACGACCGUCUCGGCUUCCUGACCUUCUGCCCCACCAACCUGGGAACAACCGUGCGUGCCUCCGUGCACAUCAAGCUGCCCAAGCUGGCCGCCGACAAGGCGAAGUUGGAGGAGGUGGCUUCCAAGUACCACUUGCAGGUGCGCGGCACCCGCGGCGAGCACACCGAGGCAGAGGGCGGUGUCUACGACAUCUCCAACAAGAGACGCAUGGGCCUCACCGAGUACGAUGCAGUCAAGGAGAUGUACGACGGUAUCGCUGAACUGAUCAAAAUCGAGAAGUCCCUG